AAGUUGAAGAUGGAAAAUGGUGAAUUUGAUCUGGCUGAUUUUGUAAUUGAUCUUCACCGUCGGCUCAAGCAUGAAAAAUAUAAGGGUGAUCUGAUGGAAUUUGUUUAUAUUGAUGAGGUUCAAGAUCUCACAAUGAGUCAAAUUGCUUUGUUUAAACACAUGUGCAACAAUAUUGAAGAGGGAUUUGUCUUUUCUGGUGAUACAGCACAAACAAUAGCAUGGGGUAUUGACUUCAGGUUUCAGGAUAUACGACAUCUGUUCUACAAGAAGUUUGUAUUGGAGUCAAGAAACAAUAACAACGAUGAAAAAGGCCUCAUCUCUGAAUUACUUCAGUUGACUCAAAACUUCCGUACUCAUGCUGGUAUACUGAAGUUAUCACAAAGCAUUGCUGAACUACUGCAUCGGUUUUUCCCCUUUUCUGUUGAUGUUUUAAAACCUGAAACCAGUCUGAUUUAUGGGGAAGCUCCAGUUUUGCUUGAAUCUGGGGAAAUCGAAAAUGCAAUCAUGAAAAUUUUUGGAAACAGUGGAAAUAUAGUUGGCUUUGGUGCAGAGCAGGUGAUUUUGGUGCGAGAUGAUAGUGCUCGACGAGAAAUAUCCAAAUUUGUAGGGAAGCAUGCUCUUGUCCUAACCAUAGUGGAGUGUAAGGGCCUUGAGUUUCAGGAUGUCCUCUUAUACAACUUUUUCGGCACAUCACCUUUGAAAAAUCAGUGGAGGUUUAUAUAUGAUUACAUGAAGGAACAAGAUUUACUCGACUCCACAUUACCUAAGCGCUUUCCAAGUUUCAGUGAAUCAAAACACAACAUAUUGUGCUCUGAACUGAAGCAAUUAUAUGUGGCUGUUACUCGAACAAGACAGAGAUUGUGGAUUUGUGAAAAUGUGGAAGACCUCUCGAAACCUGUGUUUGACUAUGUUGGGGUUGAGCUAUUACUCACCUCCUUUGAUCCAAGCUUGCUGCCUUGUUAUGCAACUGCUCUUCACAACUCCAAUCAGGUAUGUUGCCUUGAUUAGCUUCUUAGAUCAGUUGAUCUGUAUCUCCUGCACUCAAUCACACACAUACACCAAUAUAUAUUUGACAUAGAAGUGAUGUAUAAUAACAAAGAUACAAGAAGAAGAUGAUAUUGUUGAGAAAGGGGCUGUAGCACUCUGAUGCUCUGUCCUCUGUUUCUUCUGAUAUUUCUGAUCAGAUUUUUCUCUCCACUGUUUCUAGAGAUGCA